AUGGAUAAAGUUAUGUACUUUUGGCUAUUUAAUUAUAUAAUCAACUUAUUAAGAGGUAAUACAAAAAUAUCAAAUUUUCGUUUAAUAAAGGUCUCACUUUAAGUUUUUGUCUCAUUUUAGGGUACCAUGGUUUAUCAGAUUAAACUAUAACCUUUUAUAAUCUUUUUUAUAAAACAAAGAUAAUGCAUUUAAUAAUUUUUUUAUUUUAAUAGAAAAAGAAAUUAAUUAAAAAUGAAUCAGCUUUUAGUUAGAGAAUAAAAUCAAAGUGAUUGUAUCAAUGUUAAUAUUGUUGUUCUGUUAUAAUAAGCAAGCUUAAAUUUACAAACUUCGAUCCCCUCAGAAAUACCCUUAUACAUUUUUAUAAAUGGAAUCAAAGAAUAAAUAUUUGCUUAAAGAAUGCAAACAUAGUAUGAAGAACAUUUAGAGCUUUAAUUGGACACAGGAAUGUUCAUUUCACAAUAUGAAAACAAAACCCUUCAAAUGUUGGGUUUUAAAAAUAAUUGCACACUCUAUAUUAGAUUAAAAUUAUUAGGCUAUUAAACCAAAACUAAAAAUAAUAACAGAUUAUAUAAAGUUUUAGUGGAUUUGAAAAACACUAAUAUUUAAUUGUUUGUGGAAUAACUAAAAACUACUCCAGUAUCCUCUGUUUUUCAUGAUAUUUUGGUAGAAUUAUUCCAAAAUUAUUAAAUUGAUCCUUCGUUGCCAUUUAUUUUUUUUAUAAAUGGAGCAGAAGUUCAACCUUUUGAUGUUAGAUUAAUUUAAGAUUUUCAAACCAAAGAAGGUAUUAUAAUUUAAUUAAUGGUUCCAAAAAUAUAACCUAAUCAAGAUUCAUAAGAAAAAUCAAAAUUUGCACUCAUUAAAAGUAAAUAGAUUAAACGUUUUUAGAGAAAAAUUAUUAUGAUAGAGGGGAUUGAUAAAAUGUAAUUUUUUACAUACAAUGACAUUUCUCUAUAAGAGAUAUUUGAAAAAAUUAAAGAGGAUUUCCAAUUAUAACAUAGCGCUUAGUAAUAUUAAAUUAAUAAUGAAAUAUCAUAUGAUCUAUGCAAUAUUUAUACCAUAAAUGAUUUUAAGUUUGCAAUUCAAUAGAAUGUUGUUACAUUAAUUGGAGAGUUUUAUAAGAAAAUUAAAAUUAAGGGCUUUUUAGAUGGAAAUGGCUUUAUUAUAGAAGAAACCAUGCCAAUAAAUACUUCAAUGAUAGAAUUCCUUAAGGAUUUUAAAUAUAAAUUAUUUGGCCCCAAACAAAAUAAUUUUAAUCAAGAAAUUAUUGAGCAAAAUAAUUAUCAAGUUGUAGUACAUUGGUCAUCGAUCAAAAAAUGA